CACAAAAAUGUAUGAGAGUGAAAAAGAGUGAAUGAGUUUUUUUAACACGCGGUACUGCGAGUGAUAAUAAAUGAAACUCUUGUUGAGUAUAAUCAUGACUCCUGUCAAGGUUUCCUACCUUCAUGGGAAUCAUUUGUGUCUGAAUUAUUCAACGCUUCACUGACUUAAUUGAUCACCAGUACUCAUUUUUAUGGAUUUGAACGUGAUAUUUAUAAAAAUCGUUUUCGCGUGAUUUUUAUGGAAUUGAAUGUCAAAGUGUUGAAUAUAUACAUAUCAAGGGACAGGCCUACGUGAUAUUAUGCUUUUGACUAAAUCGUAAUUCUUAAUAAAACACUAACUGAUAGAUUUGCAUUUUUCGUUGUUUUUUAGUUUGUCAGUGCGUAAAAAAGUGUUAUUUGCUGCCGUACUUGCUGCUUUGGCGGUUAUUAUUUUCUCUGCUGUAGUAUUGACAUUGAAGCGUGACAAUAAAAAUGACGUUGUUCACCAAGCAGCCGUCGUUACGAAUGGUUUGGAAUGUUCAUCAAUGACUAGUAAAAUCUUAAAAGACGGUGGUUCUGUAGCAGAUGCAGCUAUUGUCGCGUUACUUUGCGAGGGUGUUGCAUCCCCCCAAAGUACUGGCCUCGGCGGUGGAUUUGUAAUGACAAUUUUCCGAAAACAGGAAAAUAAAGUGGAAACAUUGAUUGCACGUGAUGUAGCUCCGUUGGCGGCGACUGAAGAUAUGUUUGUUAAUACAACGGUUACAGGAGGAAAAGCCGUUGCUGUUCCAGGCGAACUAAAGGGUUAUUGGGAAUUGCAUCAGAAAUAUGGAAAAUUAGAUUGGUCGGUGUUAUUCGAUCCAGUCAUUGAACUCUGUCGUAAAGGUCACCAGGUUAGCCCAUAUUUGUCGCGAAUUUUAGAAAGUAAAAAACAUGUGAUAUUGGCAUCGCCAACUCUAUCUGAAGUGUACAUCGAUCCAAAAACAAACGAUGUAUACAGAAAAGGCGAAUUUGUUAAACGAUCAAAAUUGGCUGACACACUGGAAAUUAUCAAAAAAGAAGGUGUCGAUGCGAUUUAUAAUAAUGGAUCUGUUGGCAGGACAAUGGUGGAGGAUAUUCAACACAAUGGCGGCAUAGUUACCAUCGAAGAUUUAAAGCAGUACAAUGUUCGAUGGGAAGAACCAAUUUCGAUUGGUUUAAAAGAUAAUAAAACACUCCAUGGUAUAACAUUACCGGGAAGUGGAGCCUUGGUUGCAUUCAUAAUGAAUGUUCUGAAUGAUUAUUUACCACAAGAAGAGUCGAUAACGUCAAUGCAACGAAUCACAGAAGCCUUGAAAUUUGCAUACGCAGAACGCACAAAACUGGGCGAUGGUCAUUUCGUUGAAGACGCAUUGAAAGUCGUACAAAACCUAACGGAUUCCAAAUUCGCAGCAGAAAUUCGUCAAAAAAUAGAAGAUUUUAAGACUUACGAAGACUAUAAGCACUAUGGGGCUAGCUUCUCGUCCAAAGAGGAUUCGGGUACUGCACAUAUCAAUAUUAUUGCAUCAAAUGGAGAUGCAAUUUCAGCUACGGGAACUAUUAACACUUUAUUUGGAUGCAAAAUUAUUUCUCGAACUGGAAUAAUUUUAAAUGAUGGGAUGGACGACUUUUCAGUGCCUGGUCAAAAUAAUGCAUAUGGCGUUCCGCCGUCACCAGCCAAUUUUAUUCGGCCACAAAAAAUGCCAUUGUCUUCCAUGUGUCCGACAAUUUUGCUGGAUGAAAAUCGAAAUGUUGAAAUGCUCCUGGGCGCCGCCGGUGGAUCAAAAAUAACAUCUUCAGUUGCAUAUGUGCUUUCACGGUAUUUAUAUUUCAAAGAAUCUAUUGCGACCGCAGUACAUGCACCACGACUCCAUCACCAACUUGCACCAAUGCAAUUGCAAUAUGAAGAAGGAAUUCCAGACAGUAUUAUUGAUGGAUUACGUGGGAUCGGUCAUAAAAUGGUGCGAACACCUUCGGACAGUGGGUUUGCAGCACUAACUGCCAUUGGUCGUGAGGGGAAACAGUUUGUACCGGUAUACGAUCAUCGACGAAAGGGCAGCAUAGAAGUAUUUUAGAUAGGCAUUUUGUGAUAAAGAGCACGAUUUUAUACAAGGAAACACAAAAAACAACAUACACGUAGCAUUUUUAUUGCACUAUAUUCCUGAACAUACUGAAAUUUAUUGCCACCAAUCACUUUCGUGAUUUUUUUAUUAUUCUUUUGAAAUGUAUCUACAAGUUUAUAGAUUCACCUUGGGCAGGGUAAUUAUUUCUUUUUACAAAUUCACAAACGGAGCGAAUUUUAUACUUUUUGAUUGUCAGCUAUAUGUGGACAAAACGACUUUAUAGAAUAAAAAAAGAAUUAACACAAAACUUAGAAACCGAGUGUUAGACUCUUGAAAUCAUGGUAAUACUUUGCUUGAAUAUUUAAAAUAACGACUAAAAGGUUUAGAAAUCGAUUAAAUGGUUUGAUCAAAUUCUCGCCGAUGAACUUCAAUCUUUUGGACAAUGUGUAAAAUCGAUCUGCGCACCCACACAAAAAACAGACAAAAGUAUACUCAAAAAAAGUUUACUAAAAAGUAUAUGAAUGCUUCUCAUGAUAUUUAAAUAAAGUGUUAAAACAGUCGUGAUUCAGAAGACGUGCGAACCAAUCCAAGUUAACCUAUUCAACUACAAAAAAUAAAAUAAAAAAACAUUUUUUCCAUGAAUUGAGAGAAACAAUUUUUUAAUUACCUAAAAUAUUUGAUCUACUUAUUCCUAAUCAAUUCCAAACGCAUGCCGAAAGAAAUUUUGU